CUGAAAGGUGUUUUGCAGCAUCCCACUCGGGUUCCCGUAGAAAAACACAGUGACGUGAAUGAGCUGUUGAAGAAAAUCUGGAUAAUCUGUAACAGUCCAUCAUCAUCCUCAUCCUCAUCCCCUUCAUCCGCGAGACCGAGAGCCAUGGCCGCGCAGAAGAUCAACGAGGCGCACGAGCACAUCGCCAAAGCCGAGAAAUGCUUGAAGACCAGCAUGACCAAGUGGAAACCUGAUUAUGAUGAAGCCGCUUCAGAGAUGGCAAAAGCAGCUGUGGCUUUCAAAAACGCCAAACAGUUUGAAGAAGCGAAGGAUGCGUACCUGAAGGAGGCCGAGUACCACACAGAAAACAAAGCACUCUUCCAUGCAGCGAAAGCGUAUGAACAGGCUGGUAUGAUGCUGAAGGACAUGAAGAAAAUGCCCGAAGCCGUUCAGCUGAUCGAGAAGGCCAGCAUCAUGUAUGUGGAGAACGGGACGUCUGGCACCGCUGGAAUAGCCUUGGACAGAGCUGGGAAACUCAUCGAGUCGAUUGAUCUGGAGAAAGCUGUGGACUUGUAUCAGAAGGCCGCAUCAGUGUUUGAGAAUGAAGAUCGGCUCAGAGAGGCCGCAGAGCUUCUGGGAAAAGCCUCCAGACUUCUGGCGAGACUGCGCAGGCUGGACGAGGCCGCAGUGUCCCUUCAGAAAGAGAAGAACAUGUACAAGGACAUUGAGAACUACCCCACCUGCUUUAAGAAAACCAUCGCUCAAGUGCUGGUUCAUCUCCACAGAGGAGACUUUGUGGCGGCAGACAAGUGUGUCAGAGAAAGUUACAGUCUCCCAGGGUUCAGUGGGAGCGAGGACUGUGUUUACAUGGAGACGCUUCUGAAAGCAUAUGACGAGCAGGACGAGGACGAGGUGUCACGCGUCUGCAACUCACCUUUACUGAAGUACAUGGACAAUGACUAUGCCAAGCUGGCGAUCUCUCUAAGGGUUCCCGGUGGAGGGGCCGGAAAGAAGAAGAAGAAAUCUCCUGUUGCUCCUCAAGGGGGCAGCGCCGGCCCGCCAUCGGCCGAGGAAGAUGACGAUUAUGAGGGAGGUUUGUGUUAAUGGAGAGAACGGCCUGACUCCUCCAUGCGUCUGUGUGUGUGUGUGUGUACGAGCAUAUAAGUGUUUCCUCCCUUUGUGCAGUGGAGUCAUUCUGUUCCUGUUUGUCCCGCUUGGGAGUGUCCAGAUUUCUGUGUGUUUACUCAUCAGGCACACAGAAAACCCUACACACACGGGGUGUGGACAUCAGUUUAACAUAUUUAAUGUUGAAGAGGUUCAUUUCAUUGCCACAAGAUGCACCAAAUGCAAUAGAGCCCUGAAGUGAUGACGUGUUUUGUAGUCAGCGUCACACUGCUUUAUUUUACAAAAGCACAACAGCGUUUUUCCAUCGGCUUUUAAAUAACUGUAGAAAAUAAGAUCUGUGAGCAACCGAAGGUGGUGAUUCUUACAUGUUAUGUUCAUCACAAUGAUCUUAACAAUUAUUAUGAAUUUUGAAGCAUGCAUAACAUUGCCAGAAGUAAAAAGCUUAACGUAGGGACUAACUCAUGACUCUCUUUAACACUUUCCGUUUUCAUUUUCUCUGAAAGUUUGAGAUUGAAUACUUCAAAAGUGUGAUUUUAAACACAAUAUGGCAGUGACAAGCAAAUUAUGAGUAGAUGAUUUUAUCUGUCUGUUAUUAUAGUUAACCCAAUUUUUUUUUAAACAUCCCUUGAAUAAAAAAAUAAAUGUUAACUGAAAUACAAUAUAAUGUAAAAAAAAUCUAUUUUUUUUUUUACUAAAUUGUUAUUUAGUUUAACUUUUUGUAGUAAAAUUACAAUUAAAAUUGAAAAGUAAACACCAAAAAAUUGCUAAAACUUUAAUAUUACAGUGAAAGCAGGAAAUAACAAAACUAAUAAUUACCAAAACAUUAAAAGUAUUUUAAUGAUACUGGAAUAAUACUGGUUCAGCAUUACAACCUCUAGUCCCAUGUAGACUUGUUGUCAACCAAAAAAAAAAAAAAAAAUAUAUAUAUAUAUAUAUAUAUAUAUAUUAUCAAUGUUGAGGAAAGUUACUUCAAAAGUAAUGCAUUACAAUAAUGUAACUCCAUAAAAUUAACUUAUUGCAUUACUUAUUCACUUUUUAUGGAAAGUAAUGCAUAACAUGACUUCUGUGUUACUUUUUGUCACCUGAGCUGGGAUUGCUUAUUUGUUUUUAAUAAAAAUAACCCCCAAAGUUAUAUUUUUGGUAACUGUAAAGGCCACUCUCACAACAAAAGUGGAUUGAAUAAGCUUCAGGCUGUGUCUUUGAACUUUAAAAAGCUAGGUCAGAUAUUAUCCUGUAAAUGUAAAAUAAUGCGUUACUUUACUAGUUACUUGAAAAACUAAUCUGAUUACAUAACUCACAUUACUUGUAAUGCAUUACUCCUCCAACACUGGUAAAUGAUGUAGAAGAAAAUGUGAAAAGAUCUUUUGUUGAACCACAGAACUUUUUUGUCAAAAAAAAAAAAAAGGAACAUUGAUGUCAAGAUGAUUUUGACGCUCAUUUUCAGGUUUUCAACUACAAAAAUCUUUCAUCCUUUCAGCCCUCUAUUGAUUGCAGUGUUUUCAGUCAAGUUACAAGCAUUCGUCUUCCAUUGGUCAGCUAUAAAGUCCCGCCCCAAAUCUCACACUAUUGGUUGAGCCUGUAAAUUAUCAGUACUGGGCUUUUUUGAUGUGUGUGUAUGAUCAUAUUGUUAGAUACAUUCAGUUUGUAAAUGUUUUCUUAUAAUUUGAUAAGGAACUGUGUAGUUGUAUACAGGUUUUAUUUACUUUUAUUUGUGAACAAUGUCUGUGAUGUCAAAGUGAUGUUGAAUCAGUUUUUAAAAAAUUAAAAUACUAUAUUAUUAUUAUGUACAGUAAUUUAUUGUAAGUGUUGUUGAAAUGUAAAUGUGGAUGUGGAGUGAGUUGCAUGUUGCUUUUCCAAAUAUACAAACCUGACAGACAUAAAGAUGCAAAAAUGAGCUAAUAAAAUAAUCAUCUAUACAGUCAUUGAUUGUCUGCUGUUAAAUGUGUUUUCUUAUUAACUAUGCGGAGAACAAAUGUUUUUCAGUAUUCAUUUCAAUCACAAAAAAAAAAAGAUUUUUAAACUGUAGUGUAAACCAUGUACUUACAAAAAAAAGAGAAAUACAGGAACAAAAAAGAAAGAAAAGUGGCAUGUUGUCCUUUAAUUGUGUGCUUUAUUUGAAGUCAAUAAACCAUUUCCCGUUUUAA